GGACAUUUUGUUGCUACUCGGACAAAGUCGUCGAAGAGAGAAGAAGGAGGAGAAGACCACGGCUGCUUUGUUCUCUUUAUUAGGAGUGUUGGAGAGCACGGCUGCUUUCUUGUCGUUUGAACGGAGUGUGUUGAAAUAAAAACAUCACUGCGCUUCCCUUGCGACGCCGACAGAAAGGAUUGUGAGACCCGACGAAAGGCUUUGAAAGACCAACCAAGCCUGAAGAAGUCGGUGCCGACUUGGCUGACUAUCGUGCGCCGGGUGACUUCAUGUUCAGCUGGGCUGCACGACCAGACGACGCCCGUUGGCACACAACAACAACAACAACAAAAAGAAACACCGCGACGGGACAAAAGCCGCCAGAAGCCCGCAGGAGACGAGCGCUUGGAGGCGAAAGACUGAAGACGACGACGAAGAGGGGCUUUCUUUUCCCUUUGGUGGCAACAAAGAGGUGACACUCAGUUGGCAGCAUCAUGGGUGGAGGAGGUGGAGAGAGAAUCAACAUUCCGAGCCCUCACCACGAACGCCCCAAGAAGAAGAACCAUCAGUUGGGCCGGGCCAAGCCGAGAAGCCCGAGCGGUGCCGCGUCCGCCACGGGGGGUGCCGGCGUCCUCCAUCGCAGGAGCGACAAGGGCGGCGUCUACCACAGGUCCCCAGAGGUCGACAAGGGCGCGGCCGUCCGAAUCGCCGUGUAUGAGCAGAACUGGGAGGGGGCCGUGUCCCACCUGAACACCCUGCUCAUCGCCCAGGGCAGUCCCAGCUACGCCGGGCCCAAGUUCAGCGAGCCGCCCUCGCCCAGCGUGUUGCCCAAGCCCCCCAGUCACUGGGUGUCCUUCCCCAUCAGGGGGUGUGACCACCGGGAGAUGAUGGCCUUCCAGCUCAAAAGCCUUUUAAAGGUGCAGGCCUGAUGGGGGCGGGGCCACCUCCUGAAGGCAUCCCCCACCAGGAACACUUCUGUGCUUUGAUUAAUUCAUAUGUGAGGCUCGUUUUGAACUUGACAUUACAGCUCUGCUGCCUUGCUGGUGGGUGAUGCCCUCAGACCUGUCACCACCCGUUACUUUAGCUGCUGUUUUGUUCUUUUUAUUUUGGCUAUUGGAAGCAGAUUGGGUGCACUUAUUUUUUAAUGUGUAGUUCCCUUCUAUCACUGAUAGUCCGCUCAUGUGGACACUUUUGUUUUGUUCUCCGUGGGUUGCCUGCAAGACUACAGGUGUUUAAACACGUAGUCACUUCCCUACCAUUUUCCAAAAUAAGAGCCUCACGUUCUUGUUAUGAACUCAAUUGCGACGCUCAAUUCUGCAGGGAAAGAAUGGGUCGACACCUUGGCACACGGGCCUCUGCCUGUUGGCUCCUGUACCUUUUUAUUGUUUGGACUGCGCUGUGCGCACAUGCACUAUAGGGGCCAGGCUGGUCUGGGGCCCACAACUCUUGUGUUUGCUGGGUGUGUGGAACCAAAGUAAUGCUAUUGACCGGGUUAGGACCGCUUCCUGUAGCGCCUCCAGUCUUUUUCCAAGCAAGGUGCAGCUUCCACACGCGGAAGAGGACCGGGCUUCAGACUUGCGGCCCACCUGGCCCCAUGUCUCAGGCCGCGGUCCUGUGGGCUGCAUGCGUCUUGUUUGGAAAAAGACACUGGAGGAAGCAGUCUGUUUGCGUGUGACAGAAGAUGUGAAACAAGCGUCAUGGUUUACAAGAAGUCACCAUGGAGUUGGGAGACCUUUCACUCGCUGCUCAUUUAGUCCGUUUUGCACUGCGGUCACUUCAUGUUCAUACGUUACAGGCACCGUGCUGUACUUCAUGUUCAUACGUUACAGGCACCGUGCUGUUGAAUCAACAGAUGCGUAAUCGACUAUCUCCUUUUUUUUUUUUUUUUUUACAUGGUUUUUAAAUCAGAUGAGCCAGUUUAUUUACGUUCCCCAGUUCGAAUGUUUCUAGCCAGAUUAAAGACGACAAACAGCAUUUAAAUCAUGUCUUUCAGGAGCCAUGUAAAUAAGUGACAUGUAUAAAGUUCUUGUAGCAUAUUGUACAUUUGCAGGCCCGCUUUGAGGCUUGUUGACAAAAGUAUUUUUAGUAAUAACACUGAAUGUAUGAGACGUGCUCGGGACGUGUCAACUUCAAUGCUGAAGAAUAUUUUUGUUAAGAAAAAAGGAAAAGCAAUUGCCAGUAACCCUGCACUGAAGUCUUUCUGGAGAUGUUGCACAUUUUAUAUUUUGUAUGUAAGCAGUGUAGGGUGCAAACACGAACUAACGAGAAACCAAUUCGCUUCUGAGACAACACCAACGCACCACUUUGAUGUCUGAACAUUUUAUCGAAGACCCCCCCCAAAAUUAAUUUGAACAAUUAGCAUUUCUAAAUCACCUUCUUUCUGCUGUUCUUCCGCCAGCCAUUUUUGUCCAUUCAGUGCAAAGUAGUGCGUUGCAAAGUCUCCUGUGCUAAAUUAAAUACAAUUGGCUAUUAAUUGAAUCCCCUCUGACAGUCAUCUAUGUGAAAGAAAAUGCCCUCAUUGAAGAUUUGUAACAAUUGGUUUAUAAAUGCUGAAUAUAAUGAAAUUCGGGUUGAACUAAAUUUUUAAAAUAAAAAAUAAAAUCCCUUUCCCUCCCCCUAAA